AUGUUAACGCAAAAUUUAGAUCAAGUGACAUCCGGUGAAACACAACUAAAGUCCUUCGGCAGUUUCCUCGAUAACUGUGAUAUACAAAUUGAAAGUUCCGUAGAGAUUCCAGCAAUAACCAUAUCUUACACACCGCCCAGUGAAUGCAUUUCAAUAUUUCGAUUAGCUGAUUCAGAUAAUAAAACACUCAACAAAGUUCUGGCAACAUUCUCACAAUUGUGCGAUGAGGGAAUAAAACUUAUGCUUAUGCUUAUGCUAUGCUAUCUUAAGCCGAAAUGCCCCCACUCAGCAAUCAUUACCGAAGAGUCCUUAAAUGGAAUGGGCGAUUUGUUGGAGUUACUUUAUUCGGCCCAGUACUUGUCGCAAAGAUGCAUAACUGUUGCAAGUACGAUUCUCCAACAGUUGGGGGUUCUGUUUACCUACCGUGCAAUAGAUAAUAGACUGGACUUACAGCUGGCAAUGCAAUUUCAGGAAGUUUUUAAUCGGCUUAGUGAAACCAUCCUGCAAUUGAUUGUUUUCGAUGAAAUUUUGGUAGGUUCGAGGCUCCAAAAUUUCUGGCAAACAUACAAGAAGGCAAUCUACUCAAUAAGUCGAAAUAAGGAUCGAUUCAACCACCCGUACACCGAAUAUGCAAUCAGUGGGCUUACGAAUGUUCUCAAGUCUCUGGAAAUGUUAUUUGCGGCAAGUCUUUUUCAGACAUUCCUGGAUAGCAUAUUCAAAAUAAAAGAGCAAAUCUCGACGAAGGCGUUACCAGAAAUAUCAGGACAUUCCCAAGACUAUAUUCGUGUUAAUUUAACGUCAAUUGUGGAGGACUCUUUCAUUAUUACAACCACUUUGAAUUUUUUACACAGGUCAUAUGAGAAGUUGCGUUUGUUAAUCAUUCUGGUGAAUCUGCACCUUUCGAUUUCUAAGCGAAUUGCAAUAUAUGAUAUGAUUAUUAUAAUUGAUCCGAAUCAAUAA